AUGUCUGAGUAUACUCUCCCCAGCUCCUUGUCUAAAGCCACAGUGACUGAGGAGCAUAGGGGUUUGCGUCUCAGUGUCCAGCCAUGGCAUUUGGUAUUGUUUUGUGGGUUUCCUGGAUUUCUUUGCUGUUUAGGUACACCUGUGUUUCAGCUGGAAAUGGGGCCCAAUAUCGACCUACGCAUGCUGUAACUAAUCUUAUGGAUGAUCAACAAGAGGACCGCUUUAACUCCCUGUCUUUUGAUGAGGGAAACUUGGAUGAAGAGGCUUCAACUGACCAGCCAACUACAACUUUCUAUGCUGGCUUCAACAAACCCUCAGUAAGAGAACCACUGCACUUGGUGCCAUCUGGACAAAGAUUCCCUGAAUAUCAAAAUAUUCCAAACUUGGCACUAUUUAGUAGAGAGUCAAAUCUUGUAGAGCCAAUCACAUUUCCUUUAAACCAAGGCAACCAGAUUGGUCUGACCCCAUCCAAGCCAGCUUUGGUCAAACCUCAGACAAACUCAUUUGAUGCCUACAGUGGCCCCAGUGGGACUGGCUCUGCUGGGAUGUUGAUGCACUUUAAGCCAAGCCACACUUCCUCCCUUUUGUCACUACUUCCUCCUAAAGUUCAAUCAAAGCAACCUGCAGCUCCUGGAAGUGGUGAAAUGGCAAUGACCCCUGUUCAUUACCAACAGCCCAACACUGUCUCCAGUCCAAGCAACUCUGGUUCAAAUGAGAAGUUAUUUGGGGAAGUCUUCAACUUUAAUACAGGUGAUGCUGGAUCCUCAUCUGCAAGUGACCCAACACCACAGCAAAACCUUCCCUACUAUCCUUCAAAACCCUCUCAAAGUUACCCAUCUCUGGAUACUGGUAGGUGGUCUAGUGAGAGCAAUGAUGUUAAUAGACCAUCGAUUGGAGAUUGGAUUCUACAAAGGAAACUCCCAAUGAGGCACUUUUUAAAUUCAGCUGAACCUCAAAGGUUUGGUCAAAGAAACUCAAUUGAUCUGGGAUCCUCUGGCUAUACCACUCCAUGGAACACUGCUGAUGAAGAUUGGAUGUUUUCCUUUUUUCCCAAGGUUUUUGACAACAUGAACGUCGACUUUCCUCACUCAAGCUACCAGCCACAAAACUCUGCCAGUGUUCAGAUGGACAAGGUUUCUAAGGUCUACCAACCUGCCAGAAGCUUAAAGCCUCUAAAAAAACGGAUUGUCCACUCUAAAAAUGGCUACAAGAGGGGAAGGUUUGUCACGUCUAAAACUGCUUACACUCCAGAAUACCAAAUGGCACCAAUCAAGGAUACCAUGGUUUUGAAGCCCAUUCAAAGACAACCAAGAAAAUGGCCACAGAACAUCAAACUCUAAGGAAUGCUUACUGGAAACUUGUAUCACCUGAAAAGUAUUAAUGCUCUUUACAUUGGGCAAUCUGUAAACAAAUUAUUUUGCAGGUUUGUUACUGAGGUUUCUUCUGGGAAGAAUAAAACUAUUUGCUCUACAAAA